AUGGCUAGCUCUGCUUUUCACCAAGCUGUAAAUUCCAAGUGGAUUAAAGGAGGUGGUGGUGCUUGUAAUUCUAUCAAGGGCUUUCAAGAUUUUUCCACUAGAUCAGUUGUAGUCAGACUUCAAAACAAUAACCCAAUGUGCAUAAAACAAACUUACAUUUCUAAUGUGUAUAAAUUAUGUUCUAUUCACAAGUCGAAUCAAUUGAGGGCUCUUCCAAUUGUCUUCUCCUUGUACAACAAUGCUCACGUCUCUCAAACAACGGAGAAUGAGUCUACUUUGAUUUUGAUUAGACAUGGAGAAUCAAUGUGGAAUGAGAAGAACUUGUUCACUGGUUGUGUGGAUGUACCAUUAACGACAAAAGGAGUAGAAGAAGCGAUUGAAGCUGGGAAGAGAAUUAGCAACUUACCUUUGGACAUCAUCUAUAUGUCGGCACUGAUUCGUUCUCAAAUGACUGCUAUGCUCGCUCUGACAGAGCACCGCUGCCUGAGGGUGCCUAUAGUUAUUCAUAAGGAGACUGAACAAGCAAGGAUAUGGAGUCAAAUUUAUAGUGACGGCACCAAGAAGCAAUCUAUUCCUGUUGUUAAGGCAUGGCAACUGAAUGAAAGAAUGUAUGGAGAGCUACAGGGUCUUAAUAAGAAGGAAACAGCUGAGAUAUAUGGGAAGGAGCAGGUUCAUAAAUGGCGUAGAAGUUACUAUGUUCAGCCUCCAAAUGGAGAGAGCUUGGAAAUGUGCUUGGGACGAGCAGUUUCUUUCUUCAAAGAUAAUAUUGAGCCCCAGCUUUUGAGGGGAAGGCAUGUGAUGGUUGUAGCUCAUGCAAAUUCACUGAGGUCUAUUAUUAUGUAUCUUGAUAAACUAACUCCUCAGGAGGUUAUCAAUUUAGAACUCUCAACUGGUGUACCAAUGCUCUACAUAUACAAGGACCAAAACUUCAUCAGGAGAGGAAGUCCCAUUGGAUCUUCAGAGGCUGGUGUUUAUGCUUAUACAGAGAGUUUGGCACUAUAUAGACAAAAAUUAGACGAAACACCCAAUGAAGAUCCUCAUGCGUAG